CCGAAGUGUCGAACGCCCCGCUACCUUGCCGACUCACUUCGCGACGUCGCCCUCUGGCCAGCGCCAGCACGCAGCACGGCAGCAAGCAGCACGGCAGCACGCAGCACGUCUCGUCAUUCGUCGCCUACUCGCCUCACGCCCGUCGCUUGGUCGCCUGCAUUCCACCACUUACCCUUCGGCGGUUCGGCCAAUCCACGCUUCUCAAUAGUCGCCUUCCUACCUUCUGUAGUUCCGUUUCUUUGUACGGCGGAUUGAGCACGGUUAAAGCUUGAGUCUUGAAUUCAAAAUAAUCUACUUGGAUGAUAUGAUGGAUCUUAAGGAGGAAACGAGGAAGAGAUGCAGUGGCGGUGAAAAUGAGGAGAGUGGGGCAUUGAAGAGAUGCAGCAGCGGCGAAAAGGAGGAGGGUUGGAGCAGCCGCGAAAAGGAGGAGGGUUGGACUUUGAAGAGAUGCAGCACCAACUCCUGCAGCUGCGUAACAAAGCUUAAGAGACCAGGACGCCCCUAUUCGCUAUUCGACUACGAAAAUUAUUUUCCUUAUCCAACAAAUACCAUCAAAAGUGAUAUUACUAUUGGUGAACCGCAUGUCUUUUUCGAGUUUCCAGAAGAAAUAUUUAUGGAGGAGAACGAGCCUCUUAAUAUUAAGAAAGGCGAGAAAUUGCCCGUUGAUGUGUUAUCUUUGCUAUCAAAUGGCGGUAAGACAAAUUCCCUUGUCCGUAACAAUGGGGAAAGAGUUGGUUUAAUGGAUGCGAUUUCGGGUAAGUAUUUGGUUGUUUGUUGCUUCUUCGUGCCUAUGUUUGCUAAUGACGGUUCCGACCGUGUAUGCCGCCACUUGAUAGCAACUUACAAUGAGUUGCAGAAGAAUAACUUGAAUUUUGAGAUGGUGGUGGUAGCUAAGAUGAGAUCCUCAUUUAUCUCCAAGGACCAGGAGGAACCUGCUUUCGACUGGUUUUUAUCUGCGUUUCCUUGCCUGGCUGUACCCUUUUCUGACUCCUCCACCAGGGACUCAAUUUGCAAGCUUCUCGGGUUAGAAAGUUCGAGGUUGACUGAAAGUGAUGCUUGUCUUGUUCUCGAUCCUGAACAAAGGGUUUUGCAGUCAGAUACUUUGUGUUUCGAGAAUUAUGGAGCUGCGUCCUUCCCUUUCACUGAUAGCCACUUGGACUACCUUAAGAAAAAAGUCGAGGAAAUCAAGAUGAGGUUGGAUCCAGUUUACAGGCAAUCAAAACUCGACGGCCAGGAGAUGUCGAGGAGGUGGAGGUUGGGUCCUCUUUACAAGGGCGCUGUAGAAGAUGAAAUCAGCACUGAACCUGUGACCCUGGAGGAACUCUUGUGCUGCGAAUCCUCAACGCUCCUGCACAAAUGUGAUGGCAGUAGCCAAAAGAACAGGGUAAUAUCUGUUGCAGACCUCAGCAAGAGCAAGUGUGUUGUCUUGUACCUUUGCUUUGAUGCUUCAUUUAUGUCCCGUCUUGAGAUGUUCCGUCGCAGAUGUGUUAAGCGUAACCAACAGUUUGAGGUUGUGAUCAUACACCUAUCCUACUUUUCUGAUGAGUCUUCCUACUCUAAAGCAUUCAAGUUGGCAUUCAAAGAGAAGGGUAUAACGUCAUGGUGGGAGCUGCCCUUCGUUGACCAUGUUAGCAGAAGGCUUUACCAAAUUGCUGAUGUUCCAUACGAAGAUGAUGUAAUCAUUUGGGCCGGUGGUGGGUGUUCUGGUGAGAUAAGUGGUUUAGCUCUUAUGGAAUGGUGCGGCUCAAGCAACUUAUAUCCUGUCACUAGAAAUAAAUGGUUAGAUGACAAGCUUUCGGCUUUAAGGUCACUCACCUUAGAGUCGUUUCUUUCCUAUAAGAAACGCAAACGAGGUUCUUCUCACUUGAAAGUUUCGGAGUCCAAGAACAGGAACAUCCUCCUUUACUUUGGCUCAUCUAAUUCUCUCUUCGAGAAGUUGUGUGACUCCUACAACCAAAUCAAGGAGGACUAUCCUGGUUCUGAAGUGGUCUUUGCUCCUAUGCGUCAUCCAAAUCCAGUAACUGAGAUGCCGUGGCCUCAACUGCCUUCUCCCAUUGCAAUACCAGAAGUUCUUUGGUUUGUGCCAAUCCUUGUGGCAUUUGGGGAUGACAACCGGAUUAAAUCAUUAUAUGCUGAAGAUAAUCUAGAUUACAGAGAAAGGGGUGUUUCGCUGUUUGAUGAUACUCUGCGCGGUGAGACCCUCAGAUACUUGACCGGUGAAAUACAGUGUUGACCGGUCUAUUUAACCGGCCACUCUGCUGUCUUUGGUUUCUCUGCUUUUUGUGUGACUUAACUGACUAACUGAUCACUUGAUUUUACUCCUUAUUAUUUAUCCAUCAUUCCCCUUCAAUCUGGUGGCUUGGCUUUUAACAUAAAUGUACUGGUUGAGACUGAGGAUUUGAUGGGCUGCGGCCUGGUGUGUUUUAGACUUUUAGUUUGGCUAUGAUCCGAAUUAGGUUCUUGGUUAUCCAUCCUUUUGUGAGGUGGAAUUGUACAAGUUCAUCAAGCUUUUAGAAAGCUCGUCUUAGUGUUGGUUAUAUUACAUGGAUUACCUGAAGUCCUAGCUACUUAGUUAAUCCUCUCCUUUAUAGCACUACAACACCCAAAAAAAAGUUCCCGCUCAGUCGCUCACUAGAAGUUUUCACCAUAUCCGUCCGAUGCUAAUAAACCGAAUCAGCGGCUGCCUUUCCUUUUUCAUUUCAUUGAGCUUAAGCUUCAGAUAAAUCUUCGACCAGUUCCUCUUACCCUUUUCUUUCGUUCCUUCUUUCUUCUUCGCAAAUCGCAUUCAUGAAGUUUCUUAAAAAUCAUUGUUGUCAUCGGACGGAAAAAUUCUCCAAAAUCUAGCCGAAGUCCUUUGCUUGGAAAUCAUUCAGAAAAAUGGGAUGAUUAUUAGUCUAACCGAAAUCAUUCAGAUAAAGAAGAUGAUUAUUAAUCUAACCGAAAUCAUUCAGAAAAAGGAGAUGAUUAUAAAUCUAACCAAAGUCAUCUACCUAAGUCAUCUUCUCGGAUAUCAUCGAUAUGAAAAAGGAGAUGGCUAUUCCUUCAUUCGUUCUUCUUCUGCUAGAAUCAUCCGAAGUCCAUUCGAUUCAAACCGAGAUGAGGUGAUGUUAUUAGGUAAAAGCAAUCCAUGAUGAAGCUAUUUUGCAAAACCAAGACAAUUGCUUCCUCCCUCUGGUGAGUAAAGAAACACUGUGAAUCAAAGGAAAGAACGGUUGUUUUCAAACAAACUUGGUUUAGGCAUUCUAACUAAAGAUCUUAUUGCGGAUUUGGUUGACAUUUAUAGAAGAUAAAGGCAGAAGGAGAAAAUAAAAGGAGAAAGAAGAAGUGAAACGACGUAUCAAGCGAUGGAGUAUGGCGUCGAUGAAUACAACGUAGGAUGCUGAGACGACAACAGUCAUGUGAUGUUGCGAUGACGCCAGCGACCAACGAUGGAGGGGGCGGUGCACGAGUGGGCCGAGUUGUGUCAGGACUCAGGAGGGCUGUGAAGUCUGUUGGUCAAAAUGACACCUGUUUGCCCUUUCACUAGGGCUGCUCAACCUGGCGAAAUAUCCAUUCAGAAACCCAAUGAAAGUCAAAAUGAACAGCUAGACGGCCUUGAAAACAAGCCCAUGAAGGAAUCUGGGGAGCCAGCUAUAAUGCCAUCCAAAUGCCCAUUUGGGCAUAAACAGCAGGAUGGAAGUGAAAAUGAUCAUAAGCAAGAGCCAGGGGAGCAUGGAGCGGUGUCAUCCAAAUACCCCUCUGGGCAUACACGAAAAGCUAGCAGUGGAAAAAAAUCUAAACAGGAGGCUGGAGCUGGUAUUGUUUUACCAAAAUGCCCCCUUGGAUUUGUUCUACAAGGACUCAAUACUCGAUAGCAAAUAGAUAUAAAUAUACAAGUAUGUAAAUCCUGUAAUGGUGCUUUGCGCACCCGUCACUCAACCUAACUUCUAAAUACUCUUCUUGAACAUUUUAUGCUAAGUUGAUGCUCACCUUGUGCUUGUGCGAGCAACUUCAUAUAUUUCUAAAAGUUUCUUUUGUAUGUUAAAUAUUUAA